GCCGGAGCCGGCGCUGCGGGCGGCAGGCCUGCACAGCAGCGCCGCGCAGCUUCCCACGCCCGCGAGGGCCGACGGGACCAGGCAUCGCAGCCCGCCGCGCAAGCGAUGCAGGCCCGGCACCAGUCAGGCCAAGCCGCCGCCCGACCACCUGGCCGAGCCGCUCCACGCGGCGGCCCGGCGCCCAACGCGGCAGCCCGCCACGCAGGACGCCCCCUCGGGCGGGGCACCGCAGCAGGCGGAGCAGCCGCAGCAGGCCAGGCGCCAGGGCGGCAGGGCGAAGCAGCAGCGGCCGCGGGCCGCCUGCCUGGCUCCAGAGCCGCAGCCGCAGCCGGAGCCCCGCCAGCCGGAGCCGCAGCCGGACCAGCCCGAGCCCGAGCUGGCCGUGCGGCGCAGGCGGGGCCGCCUCGCGAGGUGCGCCGUGGACGUGGACGCGGACGGCGAGCCCCCGCUGCGGGGCGCCGCUAACCUCGAGGCGCUGCUCGCGGGCUGCGGGGCGCCGGAGCGGGGCGGCGCGGCGGGCCGCGCCAAGAAGGAAGAGGCGGCGCCGCCGCCGCCGCGGGAGCCCCUCGAGGCCACGGCGCCGCCCUCGCCGCCCCUCGCCUCGUCGAGGGCCGCCGCGGCCGCCCCUCGCCGAGCCGCCGUCAAGGGCGAGCCUGGCGCGGCGGCCCGGGCGGCGGCGGCGCGGGGCGGCGGUGGCGCGGGGCUGCCGGGGGGCGCACGGCUCAGCAGCAAGUCCCCGCCGCUCUGCAGGCGGCUGUGGCAGCCCUGCAAGAAGGAGGAGGAGCCGGUGGGCCUGGAGCCCGGCAGGCUCACGCGCGAGGGUGAGGAUGUGGGCACGGGCGGCGGCGCGGCUGGCGCAGAGGCACAGCCAGGGAUGCCGAAGCCGGUGCUCCGGAGGCGCUGCCGCGCACGCCUUCGCGGUGGUGGCUCCGUGCCCCGUUCCGUUAGCUUCGCGGGGGCCGACGAGGAGGUGAGGAUCAAGAAUUUCACCUCCGAGGGCGAGAACAUCGACAAGCUCUGGUACCCGGGCUUCGUCGUGGAGUGUGACCUCUGCGAGCGCUCCGUCCAGUGGGGCCAGGAGGGCACGAUCAACGGCGAGCCGAGCAGGUCGCGGUUCUCGCAGUGGCGCAUCCUCUGCAACACUUGUCUGGCGGACAAGGUGUACAGCGAGAUAGGCGCCUGGAUGGUGGUGGCACUGGCAUCGGGCUCCGACGGCCAGAGCGGGAUGGGCAUCGCGCGCGACCCGGUGACCAGCUGCCUGACGAUGCUCGAGCGCCUGGGCUCGAACCUCCACUCCGACCAGCUCGUGCAGCUGCUGGGCUCCGAGGUCGAGGCGCCGGAUGUCCGGCGGGUCGUGCUGGAGAAGGCGCGGCUGGGCGCGGGCCAGCUGCUGCAGCCGCCGAGCGGCGACGGCGGGGAGCCCCCCGCCAACAAGUCGCAGGAUCGAGGUCCGGCGAUGCAGUCGAACUACAAGACGGUGAAGCAUGACGGCUCCAUCUUCCGCCCCCGCUCGCUUCUCCGCCAGCCCCAUCCGCGCCUCCCUUCGCCGCCCGGCUCCUGCGGAGAUGCGAUGCCGACGUCCUUCUAUGCGCCCGGCGCGUUUCCCCGCGGGCCGGACGCGAGCGCAGAUGGCUGCCCGGCGCCUGCGCCCGCCGCCCUGCUGGCGGCGCCUGCGGCUGUGGGCCGCGGCGGCGGCCUCGCGCCCGCGCUGUGUGCCCGAGGGGCGGCGGCCGCGGCGGCGGCGGCAGGCGAGGAGAGUGCCGAGGCGGCAGAGGCGGCCGCGCCCGCGUCGUGGUCGUUCUACCCGGCAGCGUCGACAGGCGGCCCGCGGGGCCCGCAUGUGCCGCAGGUGCCUUGGACGAAGCGGCACGGCGCCGCCGGGGGCGCGGCGGGGAGGGGCGACAGCCGCGAGAGGCGGCACCGCUCUUCGUGGCACGCGGCUCUCAACAAGCGCCUCGUGGCUUUCGAGGACUCGAGGGGCCUGCUGGCGGUGGCCAAUGAGAUGCUCAGCGGCUUCGACAUGCUCAACACGGUCACCGUGCUCAACCGGCUCUCGCGGCUGCCCGGCUCUAGGGCCCUGCAGAGGGACCCCUGCGUCCUGGAGGUGCUCUACCGCCUGGAGGCAUGGCUGUCGCGCGCUGGCGAGGGGUGCGCCGACGCCGAGGGGCCCGAGGCGGUGCAGGCGAAGCACUUGGCGAGCAUCGCCACCGCCUUGGCGCGGCUUCAGUGGAAGGACUCCACGGCUGGCCGCAUACUUCGGAUGGUGGCUUCGGUCGGGCCCGCCCUCAUGCCCUCGGCGCGCCCGCGGGACUUGUCGAACCUGGCCUGGGCACUCGGAAGCCUGGAGCUGCGUGGAUUCGACGCGCUGCUGCUGGCGAUCGCGCGGGAGGCCGUGGUGCAGAUUGCAGAUUUCAACGAGCAGAACCUGUCUAACACGUGCUGGGCGUAUGCGAAGCUGGGGCUGCGCCACGACCCCCUCAUACGAGCGAUCGCUGAGGAGACCGUUAGGAAGCUGUCUUCGUUCUCCGCCCAAGGGCUCACGAACACGAUCUGGGGGUUCGCCACCUUGGUCAUCAAGGGCCAGGAGACCCUCGGAGACGCGGCCUGGCAACUGAUCUGCUCGCUCCUCGAUGAGAUAGCGCGGCGCCUCCCAGAGUGCACGACACAGGAGCUCAGUAAUUCUUCGUGGGCUUGUUGCCGGCUGGGCGUCCGGCACGAGGCGUUCAUGGCGGCGAUCGCAGAGGAGGGCCAGCGCAAGCUGCACGACUACACGACGCAGGAUCUCGCGAACACCGCCAUGGCCUUCGCGAAGCCGGGCAUCUGCCCACAGUCUUUCCUCCGUGGGGUCGCUGCCGAGGCCUCCAGGAAGAUGAAGGACUUCGAGGCAAGGGAGGUCUCGAAUAUCACUUGGUCCCUGGCCAUCGCAGGGCCUGGGCUCAUCGGCCCCGACUGGCUGGACACGGCCCUGGGGCACUUCGCAGGCCUCGUCCGCAGAGGCGAGUUCGAGGGCUGGGAGCUCGUGCAGCUGCUCAACGCCUGCUGGCCUCAGCGGGCCGAGCUCUCGGAGUGGCCCGGGCUCGCGCGCACCUUCGAGCGCCGCGUCUUCGACCCCGUGGUGCGAGCGCUGGCAGCGGUGGGCGGUCGGGCUGCAGAGGCGGCCCCGGCCGCUGGCGGCGCCGCGGGUGCCCCCGGGGAGGCCGCGAGCGGGCAGGGCCCGCGCCGGCUGCUGAGCGCUGGGCCGGCCACGCACGGCAGCCUGGCCGCGGCCGCGGCGCCGCCGGCGCUGGCGCCGCUGGAGGCCGCGAGGAGGCAGGCGCAGCGGCUCGUGACGGAGCUGCAGGUGGACUUCCUCGGCCCCCACUUCACCCGCGCGGCCCUCCGCCAGCUGGGCCUCGUGGACCCCGAGGACCGCCGCGAGCUCGACGCCCUGCGGGGCCUCGCCUGCGAGGCCGCCGCCUGCGAGGCCACGCCGGCCUGGGGGGCGGCGGCGCGCGCGGCGGUGGCCGAGGCCCUGGAGAAGCUCAAGGAAAGCGAGGGCCAGGAAUCGCAGAGGAAGCACGUGGACACUGACCAAAGAUCGGCCGACUGA